GUUUGCCCUACAAGCAAUCUUACAUAAUCUGGCAAAAACAAGUGCUCAGGUUUUAUGGCUGCAAGGGAUAUGAAAACAAGAUGAAGGUAACUUGAGGUCAUCAAAGCAAGUAUUCCAAACAGCCUCUUUCUCAUGCAAAGUCAGAGAAAGUCAUGGCAUAAUUGAAUAAGAAAUGCCCUUGGUAUUUGUUACUGCACAGCGUUGUGCUAGUGCAGCUGUUGGUUAACAAGUUAAGAGUUAACAAGUGAAGCAGAACACGGGCUGUGACACGGAUAUUUCAUCGUCAGCGAGUGCUGGAGACUGAAAUGAUAAGCAGAAAGGUUUGCGUUUUAUCUCUGCACCUUCCACUUCCAGAAGCUGAUGAAUGUAGGGGUCAAGGCAAUAUGUCAAAAGCAGCUAAUGACGUGUCAGAGUGAAACUUGCUAACUGGAAACUACUAAAAGUAUAUCUGCCUGGAAGCAAAUAUCACUUAAAUUUAAUAAAUUGUACGAUACCCCUGACUGAGUAGGUAUUCCCUUAGCUUACCGUCCUGCUGUUACAGCUAUUUAGGUGCCAUAUGCUCAAAUUUUAUAAAUACAAGCAAGCGUAGAAAUAUCACAAGUUGUUUGCAGAGCAGUCACCGCCUUUGCCUCCUCUGUGCCUAAUUAUGACCUUAAAUAACAGUGACUUCCAGUCUGUAUGGAUGAAAACUGUUUUGAAAACCUCUCUGUUGGUUUGUAAAUAUGCUGAAUAACGCAUUUGCAAACUAACUGCUAAGAAAUUACAAAAGAGGUAGUGCACGAUGCAAGCUUCUCCUCUUCCCUGCAGUCACACAGAGAAGGGGAGGCCUCAGUGACCCCAAUACCAACCAUUGACCUGCGAGGAGGUCACCAAGACGACGGGUCCAGGCUCAACACAGAUUAUGGCGAGAGGAUGAGAGACAGCGAGCACAGCAGGGGCUGUUUGCACCAUGCCCCAACCGCAGCAACACCAACACCAGAAACCCCCCAGCAGCCCACAGCAGGAGCUGGGCUGAGGCACCAGGCCUCGAGCGGCCCCAUAGGGCUGCAAUUCAAGCAGGGUGUUGGGAGGGAUAACUCUUCUGGUGUGACAGACCUACACCAGGUCAGCUGCCAGCAGGUACCUGUUGGACAUCUGGUAAACAUGCACAGCCUCAUGCUGAGGCAUCACUGCUAUCAGAAGCGGUGACAUUAGCUGACGCUGAUGGGAGAGACCAGUACUGCUGAAGGGUGGGGAACUGGUAAACCAGUCCCACCACAGGCACACCGGGCAAACCCCAGAGCAAUCGGCUGGGCUGCUGCCGCCCUUUGGCUCAGUGGAGAGUUCACACCCCACAAAUAAAGAGCACAGUUUGGGUAACAAGAGCGGCCGUGAUGAGAAAAGAAACCUCAGCAGGAACAAAGCCCAUGCCCACAGCCCCACACACCAGUAGGCUGUGCCAAAUAGGUUGCUGCUUAGUAGCUCAGCCCUACAUUUGAGAUUAAGAAGAGCAAAAGCUGGAAAACACCAGCAUUUCAUCUGUUCUUUACCAUAAAGCAGGAGCUGUUUAGCUGUACAAACCAAGGCAAUCACAGCUUUCACUUACGGGUGAGCUUUCCCAGGUACCACGAUGAAGUUGCCCAUCACAAAGCCUGGUGGCAGGCAGAAAGGCUGCAGCAGGAGCUGCUCCCAGCUGCAUGCUCCCAGGGUAGAGAGGUGAGAGGGGCACGGUGCCUCCCCGCACCAACAGGGACUGGGCCCUGCCAAGGCAACAAGAGGCCCCUGUUGCAUCAUGGCCACAGCCCCCACCCCCAUGGGGAGGAGCAGGUGGGGGUGGCGGGGUGCUGCCCCCUCCCCGAGGUCCCCUGGGGCCUGGCUGCCCUCUCCGUGGGAAGCACCUCACCAGCGGGAUGCAGCCCAGGAUGGACUUCUGGGACACCGGCCGGGAGGGCCCCAUGGUGCCGCCUUUCACUGCUGUGGUGAGAGCUGCCGUCUGGGACACUGUGUCUGGCUACGUCCACCAGCAGCUCCUGCUGCACAAGGUGGGCUCAUACCCUUCUCCCCUUCUGCCUGGGGCUCCAAGGGCCUCAUGCUUCCCUGGCCAGGAACUGCCAUUAAUCUGCCCCUCCCCAGAAGACAGGGACCUCCCCUUAGGAGACCCGGCCAAGGGAGAAAUUCGGCUUGUACAAAACUGCUGCUGGACGCCCCUUGAAAGCCACAGGCCUGAGGAUGCUGCUGGCUCCAGCAUGGCUUUCACGGAGACCAAGCAGAGCUGGCAGCUUGUGUCCAGCACUCCAGCAGGGCAGCCUCUGUUUUCCCUCCAGCUCUCCUCACCCUCCUGCCUUGCUGGGUCCGUCUGCUGCUUGCAGGGUGUCCGCAUCCCCACCCUUGGGUCCUUCGACACCAUCCCUGAGCGACUCCGGGUUCGGGCCAGGGAGCUGACGGUGCAGCGCCCUGUCUUCCGCCUGGCCAGGAACCUCGCUGAUGCCCACCAGCUGACGGACGACAAGGCCUAUCUGCCAGGUGAGCUGUCUGCCUACAGCCCUGGCUCUUGCCAGCUCAUGGAAGCGCACGUUUCCCCACAGCAUGGCCAAGGUGACUAAAUGGCUCCCAUCCCUCUCCCAGGUCGGAGAGUUGCUGAUGCUCCUCAAACACAAACUGCUUGCUGUGGAGCAGCUCUCACAACAGGCUCCUUGUGUGCCACAGCUGCAAGAUCCAGCAGCCCUGAAAAAACUGCCUGGAGGGAAGCAGGCCCCUGGAACCUGCUACGCUGCUGGCUCCAGACACAGCUCAGCACCGUGGCCUCGGCUGCAAGGCAUCCCCGAGAGCCUGGGCGCUGCGGGUGUAGCCUGUGUUACUGCCGCAUCCCCAGCCCUCCUGUGUGCUUUUUCCAGGUGACAAACUUCUGGAACCCCUGCGGUACGCUCAGAUAGCUGCGGCCACCUUUGUGUCUGCAAAACGAGUGGUGGGGUGCAUCCAGGCCACCAUGUCCCUCUUCUCCCGCUGCAUCAGGAAGGGAAGAAACGUCGCACUUAUCCUGAAGGACAUCGGCAUGCUCCUCAUUGAGGGCACACGAGUGCAAAUGAAAUACUACCAUGACUUUCUGGAAAUGAUGACGGGGAAGGACAAGCUGAAAGAAGCUCUGUUGAGGGUCCCAGGGAUGCUGGACUUGGUGAUCCCUCGCACAGCAACUGCGGCGUCCCUGACCUGCUCUGGGCACGUCAUCAUCUUCCCAGAGUUUGAACUGGAGACCGCCCAUGGCACACCGCUCAGGGACUACCACAACAAGCUCCUCAAUGAAUGCAGGCAAAAGAAAGCUGUGCUUUUGCGACCUCCCAGGCAGGACAAGAAGGAAAGGCUCCUAAGUGGUGCCGACGCAUCGUGCCCCGGGUACACCGGGGAGCAGAGCCUGGAGCCUGGCUCCCUCAGCGGGAAACAACCUCCACCAGAAGAGACUCCGACAGGCCACCAGCACCCAGCCGGGAGCACAGCCCCGGGUAACAGCUCCAGGAGAAAGGUGGGUGGCACUGGGGAGGCCCCAGGGCUCCCCGAGCUUAUGACUGCACAGCAAGCAGAACAGCCCUCCCUCCCAUCCCCAGGGCAGGCAGUGGCAUGGCCACAUGUUCCUGACAAAUUUUCUGCUCUCCAACACCAGGGACCCAGCCUGAAACGCACCUCCUUGGCCAUGAGGGCCUUACUCCAGCCAGGAGAAAGACGACGGGAGUGAUGGGGCAGAGCUGCGUGCCUCUGGGCAGGUGAGGCUUGUGCCAAAAGGCAGGUGGGACACCAGGGCUUGUGCCUGCGCGAGAGCCGUUUCCCUCAGUGCUGGAGCUGGCUUCCCUCUGGCACGCCACUUUUGCGAUGUGUGCAGGCAAUUGUGUGCAGGCCAGCCUCGUGGAUCUCCACUGUGAAAUAAAAAUGCAUCUUCAUCCCA